AGCCUGCAACCAUGGCGGCUGCAUUGCUGUCAAAUCGGAGGUUUGAUAAAAUUUUGAAAAAUCACAAAAAAUUUAUAAAAGCUUUUUCAAGCACUAGAUUGUUGAUAUAUAAUAAGCCGCAAUUAAAUAUAGUUUGUAAACAAUGUGUCGCCUCAAGUUAUUAUAGGUACUAUUCUUCAUCACCUCCAAGUAAUGCAGGUGGACAAGAUACAGCCAAAAAUGUGCUGGCAGCGGUUCUCGCCAAUAAGCCUAAAACUGGGAAAAUUCCAGUUGGUAUCCAAAAGAGAGACUGCUUUCAUCCAGGUGCUUCUGUUUUGUCUCGAGAAGACAUCAACCUGGGAGAUGCCAAGCCGGUCACGGGGAUGGAUAUGGUGCGGGGGAUGAUGGAAUAUGUGUGGCCAAAGGACAACGCAAUGAUAAGAAACAGGGUGAUGAUAUCACUUUCGCUGCUUUUCGGAGCCAAGGUGAUGAAUGUGAUGGUGCCCUUCCUGUUCAAGUAUGCAGUCGACGAAGUUAAUCUCCUAGGCGUGUCUACGGUUCCCGAGGCCAUAUCCACCAGCGUCAUCAGCUUGUUGGUCGGGUACGGCAUAGCGCGCGCGACGGCGGCGGGCUUCAACGAGCUGCGCAACGCCGUGUUCGCCAAGGUGGCGCAGCACUCCAUCCGGCGGCUCGCCUGCAACGUGUUCACGCACCUGCACAGCCUCGACCUGGCCUUCCACCUGGGCCGCCAGACCGGCGCGCUAUCCAAGACGAUCGACCGCGGGUCGCGCGCCAUCAACUUCGUGCUGUCGGCCAUGGUGUUCAACGUCGUGCCGACGGCGUUCGAGCUGGCGCUGGUGUCGUCCAUCCUGGGCCUGAAGGGCGGGCUGGCGUUCGCGGGCGUGGCGCUGGGCUGCGUGGGCGUGUACGCGGCCUUCACGCUGGCCGUGACGCAGUGGCGCACGCAGUUCCGCGUGCACAUGAACCGCGCCGAGAACGACGCCGGCAACAAGGCCGUCGACUCGCUCAUCAACUACGAGACCGUCAAGUACUUCAGCAACGAGAAGUACGAGCUGCAGAAGUACGACGAGAGCCUGCAGCGCUACGAGGCGGCGUCGCUGAAGACGGCCACGAGCCUGGCGCUGCUCAACUUCGGCCAGCACGCCAUCUUCAGCGCCGGCCUCAGCGCCAUCAUGCUGCUCGCCGCCAACGAGAUCGCGCACGGGCGCAUGACGGUGGGCGACCUGGUGAUGGUGAACGGGCUGGUGUUCCAGCUGUCGGUGCCGCUGGGCUUCCUGGGCUCCGUGUACCGCGAGGUGCGCCAGGCGCUCGUCGACAUGCAGACCAUGUUCACGCUCAUGACCGUGCAGUCGCGCGUGCGGGAGGUGGAUAAGGCCCCGCCGCUGCGCGUGGAGGCGGACUCCAGCAUCGAGUUCCGCGACGUGAGCUUCAAGUACGUGAACGGGCAGCCCAUCCUCAACAACCUCAGCCUCACCAUCCCCGCCGGCCAGAAGAUCGGCAUCGUCGGCAGCUCCGGUAGCGGCAAGUCGACGCUGGUGCGGCUGCUGUACCGCUUCUUCGAGCCGCAGUCGGGGCAGAUCCUGGUGGGCGGGCAGGACAUCCGCCGCGUGGAGCUGGCCUCGCUGCGCCGCAGCAUCGCCAUCGUGCCGCAGGACUGCGUGCUGUUCCACGACACGAUAUUCCACAACCUGCACUACGGCGACCUCAGCAAGUCGGCGGAGGAGGUGUACCGCGCCAGCAAGAUGGCCGAGCUGCACGAUUCCGUCGUCACGUGGCCUAAGGGGUACGAGACGCAGGUGGGCGAGCGCGGGCUGAAGCUGUCGGGCGGCGAGAAGCAGCGCGUGGCCAUCGCGCGCGCCAUCCUCAAGGACGCGCCCUUCAUCGUGUUCGACGAGGCCACCUCCAGCCUCGACAGCCUCACCGAGCACGCGAUCCUGCAGGCGCUGCGCGCGGCCACGGCGGGGCGCACGUCCAUCUGCAUCGCGCACCGGCUGGCCACGGUGGCCGACGCCGACCUCAUCCUGGUGCUGCGGCGCGGCGCCGUGGCCGAGCGCGGCUCGCACCGCGCGCUGCUGGCCGACCCCGCCUCGCUGUACGCGCGCCUGUGGCGCCAGCAGAACCAGCUGCCCGACCCGCCCGCGGCCUAGCGCCCUAAAAUUAAAAAAAAAUAGUACUUAAAUAACAAAUUCAUACGUAUUCUUCUAGUAGUGCUGAUAAUUUUUGAAACAAAAAAAAAAUCGCAGUAGGAUGAAACCCAUUAGUGUCCCACCCAUCAAACCCAUCAAAUAAAUUACAGUGUAUUUGGGACACAAUAAAGUAAGUCUCCACCAAAUUUCGUAGAAAAAAAAAAAAAAUUUUGAAGUAGAUAAAAAUAAAAAACCAAAAACUUAGUUUUUGAAUUUUUCACCUAAAUUUUGAGGUUAUGUGAAAAAAUUGCUAAUACAAAAGUUGUACAUCUUUUUAUUACCUACAACUUUACCAUUGAAAAUUUUUCCGUAGGACUUGUAGUUUUGUCGGAAAUCGAGAGAGACCAUUUUUUUCUCUUAAAAAGCUUCCCCCCUCCCACUUCCCGAACUCGAAUUCACCGUAAUUUAUUUUUCCUUACAUUUUUAUCAUAUUUUCCUCCUUUUCUAAUGGGUUACAUCCUACUGCGAUUUUUUCACUUUUUAUCAUUUUUAAACCCUGGUCUAUAACUCUAUAGUGCGGUCGCUCUUUUUCUGUUCGGUAAUCUCGUUCAAAUCUCCAAAUCGCCGUUUUCUUAUAGAGAGCGGAACGGCGUGGAAAUUGCAAUAAUACAUUACAUUUCCCGCUCACACGAUUAUCAUGUACCUGCCAAUAGACCACUUAAAUGUAAAAUAGAAUCUGAAAACCAUUCCAUUCUGAUAUUUCAGUGUUUAAACACUGUACAAAGUGAUAUGUAGUCUACGUCAGAUCGCUGACCGACAAAAGUUAAGAUUAACGACGAUUUAUGUAUAUUUUUAGUAUACUUUGGUUUUUUGGUAUCUUAACUGAUUAAAAACAUA